UCUUUCUCUCUCUCUUUAAUUUUCUUUACGAAAGAUGUGUGUCACGUGUUUUUAUGUGUAUUUCUAAAUCCACCUGCUGUUCUAAUCUUUGACGCCUCCCAUCUCUUUCUUCUUCGUCUUCCUUUUUUUUUUCUUCUUUUUCUUUGGCUGUUCUCUGAAUGGGAUUAUAAGAGACGAGAAUACGUUCAUGUUGCUCCUGCUGCUGCUGUUGCUGUUGCUUUGGCCCUUUUGAAACGUGCUCGUGCGCGGGAAAAUCGUUACGGACGCCAACGUUCUUCAUCGUCUUCCGCAUUCUCUUUCCUUUCGAACGAUCGUGAAACGAAUAGGAAGAGAAGAAGAAGAAGAAGAAGAAGAAGAGAGAACGAGAGAGAAGAGAGAUCGCAGAGGAGAGCGAUUUUCUUAAGCUCUGUUAGAAUGGCCUGAGCCAAAGAAAAGUGACUUCUUCAUGGAUCGUUCACGAAAAUCGAGAAAUGUCGCGUCAUCAUCGUGGACCUCCGUCGAAGUCGCGAGACAAAUCAGACGACGAUUCGCGUGGCGAUUCAGGAUGACCGGAAUCGAUUUUCGAUCGAUACUGAUUUUCAUCGCACUCAUGCUCGUCAACGUUUCAUCUUCGCAUAUACCAGAAAAGUAUCCGAUCGAAGUUUAUCAUAUGCUACAGGAGAGAACUCAAUUUGGAAUUGGUCGCGAGAAUCGUGCGAGAGGUAGUUGGGGUACCUGGAGCAGCUGGAGCGAAUGUUCAAGAACCUGUGGCACGGGUAUCCAAUCUCAAUCACGAGAAUGCGUUCCUCUCCGAAAAGAUUUAAGAAAACGAAGCGUUAUCACGGAUAAUGGCAUGACACCGAACAAAAGGCCCAUCUGUAUCGGCACAUACAAGAGAUAUCAUACGUGCAACACACAGGUAUGUCCGAACUUUGCCGAGGAUUUACGAGCGGAACAAUGCGCUAAAUACAAUGGAAGAAAUUACAAGGGACACGUCUACACUUGGAUUCCAUUUUUGGAUGCACCGAACUCUUGCGCGCUCAAUUGCCGUGCAGUCGGGCAGCGUUUUUACGCAACGCUUGAACCGGCAAUAAUGGAUGGCACACCCUGCGACGGUCCAAAUCUUCGUGGACAUAAUGCCGGAAUUUCAAUGGAACGUACGGAACGUUGGCUCUGUGUCGCUGGACAAUGCAAGUCCGUAGGUUGCGACGGUGUGAUUGGUUCAGGAGCAACGAUGGACGCAUGCGGUGUUUGCGGAGGGCGAGGACAAGGUUGCAGACUAUUCGAAGGUAUCUUCAUGGAACCAAUCCUACCAAAGGGUCAUCAUUCGAUAACGACGAUUCCAAAAGGUGCCAUGUCUCUGAACAUCUCUGAGUUACGUUUCAGCACGAAUUUCUUAGCACUCAGGGACAGCAAUGGCAGUUACGUUCUAAACGGGCCCUGGUCUUACAGUCCCAGUGGCACUUAUAAAGCGGCUGGCACGACAUUAACAUACCAAAGGGGAGAUAGAAACCGCUUGGAGUGCAUCUUGGCGACUGGACCGUUGAACGAUUCUCUGCAGUUAGAAAUCUUAUUUCAAGAAUUAAAUCCCGGUGUUCUCUACAAAUACAUGUUGCCAUUAAAAGAAACAUUAAACGGAGUAGGAGGAGGAGGAAAUUUAGCACCACCUAUUUUCAAUGCAAUAUCGAGCAAUGAUCAAAGAGGCAAUGAAAUUCCCGACGGUGGUUCUCAUGGAAUUGUAAAUACUCCCUCGACGAGAACAUCCAUUCGUAGAAAUGAUUUUUCUCAGUCGCGAGGAUUUAUUAAUCACGAUCGUACAAGACACUCGUCACGAACCGAAGAAAUGAAACGUCCUCCAACCACAGUGAUGGCCGGCGAUCAGCCUAAUUCAAAAAUGAAAAAGAAAAAACGCAAGAAGUUUGUCUGGAAAGUAGUAGGUGCAACGGCCUGCUCGAAAGAGUGUGGGGGAGGCAUACAAACGUCGAUUUGGACGUGUGUACGUGAGGAUAACGAGGCAAUAGCACAUGAAAAACGUUGUCGUAAUUCGGAAAAACCUGUUGCUUCUAAAGUGAUGCGAUGUAACGAACAGCCUUGUCCAGCCAGAUGGAGAGCAGAAAAUUGGAGCGAAUGUUCAGUCAGCUGUGGCGUUGGCAGACGAACGAGAAAACUCGAAUGCGUGCAAGAAUUAAAUUCGAGAUUGACGAUGCGUGUUGCGUUAGGUGCUUGCGUUCAACCACCCGAUUUAAAGACCGUAGAACUUUGUUCGAAACCAGCCUGUCCGAUUAUGAAUACACCUGAGUUGAGACAUAUGGAGCCAUUGUCAGUAUCAAUAUCUUCAUCAUCGACGGCUCAAACUUAUUCGCAAUCGACGCAGAAAUGGAAUGUCGGAGCUUGGGGUCCAUGUUCAACUACUUGUGGAAAAGGAUUUAAAUCUCGCACGGUUACCUGCAUAACAUCCGGUGAAGCAUGUCCAUUAUCGAGCAAGCCUUCAUCUCGAGAAGAGUGUGACAAUCUAUCGUGUUUAGUCAGUAAUAAAAAUGAAAGAAGUUCUGAACGACGUGCUCCAUGGUUAUAUUCUGCUUGGUCACCUACGUGUUCCAUGGAAUGCGGUAAAGGAAUCGAAAGUAGACGUGUGGCUUGUUCCGAAGGAAGCGAAUUAUUUUGUGAUCCCAAGGAGAGACCGGAAACGGAGAGACAAUGUUUCGGAAGUGGAAUGAAUUGUGAUGAUGCUAAAUGGUUCACCGGGCCAUGGACUUCCUGUUCCGUAUCUUGUGGAAUUGGUAUACAGUAUCGAGACGUGGUAUGCAUCUCAAAAACCAUGAGACAAGAUGAUGGAGAAUAUACUGUGCUAGCAAUGAAAAAUUGUAAUGGCACGAAGCCAAGAAGUGAACAAGUUUGCGAGGCAACACCUUGUUCUGCGGAAUGGUAUAUUUCCGAUUGGUCCCAGUGUUCAGUCACAUGCGGCAGUGGCGUGCAAAAAAGAUUAGUCCGUUGCAUCCUUGAAGGUAUUAAUAGCUCAAAUUGCAAAGAGUUUACUAAACCAAACGAAUUGCAACGAUGCAACGUUGACCCAUGUAAAAAGGACAUCACGUUAUUAAAUAAACCACCAAAAAGUAAAAGUUUUAGAAUCAUCCGAAUGUGUGGACAAGUAUCCAGAAUGCGAUUUGGCGGUCAAGAGUGGACUAUGUCACAGGAAGUACUACAGACACUCUUGUUGCCGAUGUCGAGACUAGUCUCGUACUAUUUAAUGAUAAUUGAAAAAUGAAAAAGAAUCGUAUCGAUAA